AUGUUAGGAUUAUAUUUGUCUUCCCUUUUCUUCGCUUUUUUUAUGGCUCAAGUGUUUGCUACCAAAUAUUCAAUUACUUUUACAUCAGAUGACUAUGAAGAAGACCAAGCAGGACAAAAUGAACCUAGUCCUUUAGUUUUCCAUCUAGAUAAGAACUCAUUGCCACCAGCCCUGCUAAACCAAAUGGAAUUUAGUCCAUACCUAGUACUAGCAGACUUGCCAGAGGGGCCACGAGCUCUAGAUCCACAAGAACAUGUUGAUACGGUCCUUGCUUCCAAAUCUGUAAUAGAUUUUCUGUUGGAAGAUCCCCUAGCAAUAGUGGAGCACAAAAAGUUUUCUCAAAUCGAAAGCAUUCUGUAUGAAAUCAUGGAAGACAACAUACAGGGGAAAAAAGAGACAGAUGAAGUAUUUGAAGAGGCUCCGAAACCGAAAAUAUAUGCGUAUGAAGAGGUUUUGGCCACCAAUAACAGCAUAAUCAAUAACAGCCAAAGGCCGAUAAGUACUGCAAUACUAACCAGUACCAUUCCGUAUUUAUCUAGUACAACAGAUUUGGCUGUAUCCACGGGCGUUACUAGUGUUGGGAUAUUUCCAACCAUCGCCCCGGCAAAUAUUACAACUAUUGGGGGAUACGAAAACUCAUCACCCUUUAUAAUGCCGUCAAUGGGAAUUUUAACAUUUUUAUUCGGUCUAUAUUUGUUACUUUACCCUUAA